GGGAAAAUAAAAGUGACAGGUCCUGCCAGUCGCGCAUUUGCGGUUGCGUGUAUCAGUGCUCCAAGAUGUCUCCCACGUCGGAGGUUAUGUCUCCAGAAGGAAAACUCGACGAAAAUGCCGAAAAGGAAAACCUUUGGUCUUCUAUCUUGAACGACGUACAGAACCAUGGCAAUCAGAAACUUCCAUCGUGCAAGCAGGUGUUGGUUCUGGGUGAUAAUGAAAGUGGAAAAACCACUUUAGUAGCAAAAUUACAAGGAGUUGAAGAUCCCAAGAAAGGAUCCGGUUUAGAAUAUGCUUACAUUGAUGUAAGGGAUGAUUAUAGAGAUGAUCAUACCAGAUUAUCUGUGUGGGUGCUUGAUGGUGAUCAAGGACAUGCUGACUUGUUACCAUUUGCACUCAGUGCAGAAUCCUUUGAGCAUACAUUGGUUAUCCUCACUGUGACCAUGACAGCACCUUGGGCCAUUCUGGAGCAGCUGCAACAUUGGGCUUCUGUGCUUGCUGAUCAUCUCGACAAACUCAAAUUGGACAUUGAUCUGAGGCAAGCAAGAAGACAGCAUAUUGUAAAAAUGUGGCAUGAUUAUAUGGAGCCUGGUGAUGAGUUGGAUCCGUCAUCGCCGAUGAAGCGCAGCUCGCGUAAUCUGGGCGAUGGUGAUGAGGAUAAUGAGGAAAGCAUUCCGCUGCCGGAGGCGACGCUGACGAAUAAUUUAGGUUUAGAUAUUGUCGUGGUGGUCACCAAGACUGAUUACAUGCAGGUGUUGGAGAAGGUGGAGGAUUAUCGUGAUGAGCAGUUGGAUUUUAUGCAGCAGUGGAUUCGACGGUUUUGUUUGCAAUAUGGCGCGGCGUUGUUCUAUACCAGCGCCAAGGAGGAUAAAAACUGCGAUUUGUUGUAUAAAUAUUUGACGCAUAGGAUUUAUGGGUUUCCGUUUAGGACGCCGGCGUUGGUUGUGGAGAAAGAUGCUGUUUUCAUUCCUGCUGGUUGGGAUAACAUGAAAAAGAUUUCAAUUCUCUAUGAAAGCAUGACUUCAUGCAAGCCGGAUGAUUACUACGGUGAUUUUAUUAUGCAACAAGUCACUCGCAAGACCAUAAGUCGUGAACCAGAGAUAACAGUAGAAGAAGAGCAGAGUUUUCUUGUAAAACAACAACAACUUCUGCUUUCGGCCGGAGCGGCGCCACCUCCGAUGAUCCGCGUUUCGGAUUCACCGCUUCGCGCUGGUGCAGCGAGCAAGGUGAAUUAUCGUGGACAAAAUAUGCCCGGCAAGCUCGACUGUUCGAAGACUGUGAACACACCCGGCGGUGAAGGUGUGCUCGCCAACUUCUUCAAUUCGUUGUUGAACAAGAAACCGGCGAGUCCAGGAACUCCAGGCGCUGUUGGCUCACCGAAAAUGGCUGCCGCUGCGACCGGCGCGACACCUGACACUGAAAAGGAAAAAGAAGCGAUGCGCUCGGGUGCGGCAGCCGCACUCGACCGGCUUUCUUCACGCGCAGUCAAACCAAGCGGUGUGGAUUUCGACGCAUCCGAUUGUUAAUUACAACCAAUUUUAAAUUUAAUAUUGCACUCACCACAACCACUAAUAAUGUGAAGAUGUAAAGUACGCUUUGGACAGAGUAUUGUACAGUAUACUGCACAAUCAUUUGUGUCUAAGGCUUAUGGGAUACAUGAAGCUAAAACACUAGUUUAAUUUUUAAAAGCUUUUAAAGUUUUUUAUUUUGUUUUUCUUUCAUGCACAAAACAAGUAACCAACAUAACUAGCUUCAUAUUUUAUCUUAACAUCUCUGUGAUACGAUUAUUUUGGUGUUUUUUAGGUUUUUCUCACUCGUAAACGUGUUUUUCUUGCUUUACAUAAUAUGUUUAGUAUUUAUUUGAUCACAGUUUGUUAUUGGGUUGCUUUCGAUUGGAAGUUUUCAUGUUAUCAAGCGGAGCGGAAGUAAAUUAAUUUAAAGUGCGCUUGAAAUGAAAAUCUUUGAUGAUUGUAUCAAAAAAGAAUUAAUGUAAUGAGUAUAAUAAAAGAUAAUUUUUCGUA